GUCUAGGUUGCCCUCGGUCGGUCGGUCCUUUCGGUCGCUUUAGUUUUAACAUUUAAGAGCUUUUAGCUGAAUGUUUUCGCUCGUGUGAAGGCAGUCUUCGGGGCCUUUAAGCGCAUGGAAGGAGAGGUUAUCGGAGCAGGGCCAUACCGGGCCACGAAGCUGUGGAAUGAGACUAUUAAACUUUUUCGUGGAGGCAUGCCACUACGGAGGCAUUGGGCGAGCUUCCGCUACUACGACGGCACUUUCACGGGUUCAGAGGCUGUGGACUUUCUUCAUGAGCUGCUCAGAAGCAACUACAACUUUGGGCCUGAGGUAACCCGCUACCAGACUGUGCAGCUGCUCAGGAAGUUCUUUAAGGCCCAUGUGAUCGAAGACAUCAAAGGACGCCACGGGACAGAGCACUUUGACGACAACGGUCACCUGUACAGGUUCCCCACAAUGUCUCCACUCAAGUCUCUUCCAACAAGGCCUUCGUGGAGGGACUGCAGCGACCUGCCCAGACUAAUCCGCUGGGAUGACUACGAGGAACUGCCUCAGAAAGAAAAUGUAGCACCUCAGAAGUCUGCAGAACUGACGUCAGACUUGUGGAAUAAAAGGCACAGUGUCGCCAUUGGAGAUGUGCACGAGUGCAAGCUCAUACGCAGGAGGGAAGUGACGUCUAAGCAGGUGGACCACAUCUGGAAGUCAAUGACCAUCACACAUUUGCAGAGAGUUCUGGGCCUGAAGACUUUGGAUGGAAUUUUGAACCCAGUUCAUGUGAAUGGCGCGCACAUUGUUCACAAUGUCUUCAUUGUUAAUAAAACAGGCGUGGUUGUACUGGAGAAAAAAGCUGAGGACAUGCCAUAUUGGGUGAUCUCAGCAAUGAAAUGCCUCGCAAACUGGCCUGACGGCAACGAUGCCAAACAGCCACUGUACCCAGGUUUUGAGAGAGACGUUCUGAGGACAGUAGCAGAUUAUUAUCAGAGACUAACAGAGCCAUUGCUGACCUUCCGUCUUUAUGAGGUCUUUGUCAACAUCCUCAGCUUGCUACAGGAGCAGGAUAAAGCCACCGAGGCUCUUCAAGUCAGCUGCCUGCUGCUGCCCCCGCCCAACCGGAGACGGCUCCAGCUCUUAUUGCGCCUCAUGGCUCGUGUCUGCCACAAUCCCCGCCUGCCACCACUUAAUGACACUAUUGCUACUCGCACGCUGAUGGUGCAGAUGUUCUCUCACUGCGUCCUGGGUUCUCCUGACGACAUGGACUUGGACGAGUUGCUCGCCACCAAACUGGUGACCUUCAUGAUGGAGCACCACAACGCCAUCUUCCAAGUGAAUACCAAGCUGCGCUGCCAGGUUGAGGAGCAUCUGUCACACUUAAAAAGAGCUCAGAUCAAAUACGCGGGCUCGGAUACAGAUUUCAGUGCAUCCCCGGCUUUUUGUAAACAGAUCAAGAAGGUGGACUGUGAGGAGCAGAAGGUAAUUGGUACACAGAUCCCCCUGCAGCAACUGCUGGAAGGCCUGAUCGCAGACGAAGAACUCCCAGUUAAAGAUAAGAGAAAGAGACUCAAGCAGUUCCAGAAGUCUUACCCAGAGGUGUACCAGAACAGAUUUCCUACUGAGGAAAGCAGAGCUGCUGUCAUUCCUGAGAAAACCCCGCGGCUCAAACCUCAUCUGAUGUUUUUCAACCUAAAGAAGCCAUUGCAACCUUUUCAGAGAAGCUGGAGUUUUAGGGCAUGAGCUGCCACUGCUGAAACACAUCUCCACUUCAUUCAGUCACAAGGCAAGCACUAACAGAGGUCUAAUGGUGGACUGGCCACAGUUUAGACACUGUAUUAACCACUAUAGUUUCAUUUUACAGAACAGGUCUGUUUCUGUGGUUCUGUUGAACUUAAGGGCAAAUAUGUUCAAUGAUUUAAUUACAGUUAAAUAAUCAUAAGGGACCCUCAGCGUCCACUUAAUCUAAAUUAGCAGAUGAACACUGGCACUUAUUGAACUUUUCUAUGAACACUUAAUGUAGCUCAUAUGGAUGGGCGAACAGAUCUUUUUUUAAGGGCAUAUAUCAUAAUUAUUUACAACCUUUACCUUCCUGCUCAAUGCUGCAGCUCUUGGUGGUCAUAUUCAGAUUUUUAUGUCAAGGUAUGUAAAAUGAUGGAAAGGGAGCGCUGAGCAUCAAAAGUUACCCAAGAGUGAUGACAUUGCAUAUGAAAUGUGAAACCCAGGCAUUGAUGUAUAUCACACAAGCUACCGAAAACAAAAGUAGUGAUGGUAAACUCUUAAGCUUUGAUGUUCAUAAAAGGAAGAUUUCUAUCGAUAUUUGUCGAGUUAAGAGGAGGAAGUCAGGAGAUUGCCUUAAAUCAAUGGCUUUGAGACCUAACACACCAGCAACCUACUCUAGGAUUUAGAAGUAGCCGGUCAGCCUUCAUUCGCUUUUACUGUAGAAAUGUUAGCAGCAUUCAUGUAUUUGCUGGUUAUUUUUCAGUACUUCAUUAUUACUAAGCUGCCCUGUGGUGGAGUGGUGACCUGUCCAGGGUGUACCAUGCAUCUCGCCCAAUGACCACUGGAGAUAGUCUUCCGUAAGACAUUUACAGUUAACCUAGCCAGUCAGAUUGAUAAUGUGUAGCACUCUACGUUCUGCACACUAUCAAUCUGAGGCUUCUGCCAUGGAAUCUGUUUAGGGAAAGGCGGGACAUUUAGGAGAACCUUCUGAUGCGAUCGGGUGAAGCAACACCUAGUUACCUGCCUACCAAAGGUUGGCUUUAGCCAUUCACGGUAUCAAAUGAAAAUGUCGUAAGCAGCAAGCGUCAUGAGAAACCAUAAAUUACUCUGGUCAAGGCACGCUUAUUUGGAUAGUGACACUCAUGCCAAUUUAGGAUUCUUACAAAACAGAUGUGGUAGCAGCAGCUACACGUGCGUCCUCCUGCGCUGCCAUGUUUAUGUUGGUUCAGCUUAGUUGACGAUUAGUCGACUUUAUCCACAAUGUCGAUAAUGAAAGAUUGUCAACGCAAAAAUUCAUGCAUCGAAAUAUAGAUAUAUUGAAAAAUAAACUAAGUCAUUUAAAUUUAAAACCAAUCAUUUCUGUAGGAUCAUUUAUAAAGCUAAUAAAGGAUAGUGGUAACAAGAGGCAAUAAAGAGACGUUCAAAGGUGUGUAGACAAGAACAGGUGAGUCAAAAUAUUUUUACAUGGAACUGAAGUGAUAAUAAAGAUCAACAAAAAAAGCAUGAUUAAUCGACUAAUCGGAAAAAAAGAUAAAUUAGUCGACUAUAAAUAAUCGUUAGUUGCAUCCCUAACUGUUAACUACUGUUAACGUGUUAUUAGUUGACCCGUUUUGGGACAGUUUCAAACCGUUGAGGUGGGAGCGGAACAAGAUGGAUUCUCGCGUUAGUGAACACAAAUAUACUGAGAGAAUUCAGCUUGCAUGCAAGGUUAGUCUACAGUUAGAUUUUGCAUGAAAUGUUGUUUAGCUCUUAAGAUUGACUUGAAGCCAAUGUUACACUUGUGAUGGUUGAAACAGGAGUCAAAAAGCUGAUGUACAAUCUGUUGGAAUCAACUGAGGGGAAGAAAAAAAAAAGUCACUGAAGCUGAUUAACAUGGGAAAAAAAGAGGAACAUUUAGAGAGAAAGGUUAAUGAUUGAGUUAACAGAGACCUGUAGGAGAUGUUUUGCACUCAAAGGAGAUGAGUAAAAGCCACAGAAAAACAACACAUUUACUAACCGGAGAAACUUCCUGCCUUCAAACAACACCCACGGUCGCCUCAUUGGGGCACGACACUGAGAUGUGUUCUUGUUCUUCAGCUUCCUUUAAAGCCACGAUUCCCCUUUUUUAUUAUUUGGGGAGUUCUCUCUCAAUAUUUUCUGUGUUGCCAACAAGACAUCCACACAUCCAUUUGAUAUAUUCCCAUCAAUUUAGUUCAAUGUUAUUUAUAUAGCACCAGUUCAUAACACAUGUCAUCUUAAGUCACAUUACGAAGUCAAAUUAAAUCAAAUCAUCCAGACAGAUUGGUCAACAAAAUUUCCUAUCUAAGGAAAGGUCAAUUCAGUUGAGAGUCACAUCAAUAGAAAGUCACACUGUGUGUCUCUGUUGUUGAACGGCAGCCACGUUUGGCAACAGCCUCCAAGGCUAAGUUACUUAAAAUGACUUACCUGCUUGGAAAAACGAAGGAAAGACUGUUGGGCAUACAUUUGAUACUUCCAUAUACUUUAAAGGUUAUCUUACAUUAAAAUCUUAAAGAAAAAAACAUGAAAGUUUGUUUGCCUUUUAAGAAUCUUGGAAGUCUUGGUAAACUGAUCUAAUAGCCCUAAAGAGUAACUAGUAACCUUAAAAUGAAUACAUUGUAUAAAAAUAUGCAAAUAUGUCAGUCUUCUAGAUCAAAAAAGAUGCAUCAAUAUAACUGCUUAUUGAGAGACAUUUUAAAUGUAUUAAAAGGUUAUUAGGAGUUGAUUAUAGCACCUAAAUGAAUAUUAAGCACGUGAGGACCUAAAGCUUCACGAAGAUGAUUUUCUGUUACAUGUCAGAUAUUCUGAUGCAUUUUUAAUUAAGUGGAUUUAAUUGGGCUCUGCUUUUAAUGAGCACGACUCAAGAUAAGGCAGAAAUGUUUUUUAUGUAAGAGUUUUGUUGUAAUAAUAGCAAUGUUUGAAUUUAGGCAGCUUAAUUGAGUACUAAUUUUCAAUGCUGUAAUUCUUUACCUUGUGUAUGUAAAUGAACAUAUCAAACGGUUCUGGAGAAAGGGAAGGCAGUAUCAGGACAUCCCUGCACAACCAUCAUUGGAUUAAAUGUUGACUGAUACUGUGUGGCUGUGGAAUAGACUUACACUGUCUAGAUGCGCAUGUGUAGUUUGCAUAUCAUUAAUUGACAUUUCUUCUUUUUUUAAAAAGUUUUUGUAUAACUGCACUGUAGAGACCUCAUUUCAUGUUUUAACCUGAUGGUUUUGUUCUGUAUAUAAGUGUUAGUUCCUUGAAUGGUACGUAUUUCAGCGUCAAAUACUUUAUAUUAUUUUUCACGCGAUCUUAAAUGCAGUUACUGUUUUAAUCUAUCUGCUGUCCUUCACUUAAUUUCAGACUUGAAAUGUUUUUAUAAAUGUUAGUAUGUGUUUUCAUUAAUACUCUUUAAUGCUGGAUUAACUGUUACACUUGAAUUGCUGCUCAGCGUGAUAAAAAACCCACUGGAUCAAAAUGAUUUGCAUUGCUAAUUUUCCUAAUAAAAUGCAAUUCUUUUAUAUUA